AUAGAGAAGGAAUUAAAUUAUUAACUGGAAAUUAUUUUAUUGAUUUUUCAUAUAUUAGUUUAGUACCAAUAUCACCGAUUCAACCCUUAAAUUAUCUUUUACAAGUAUUAGAUGCUGCUACAAAACGUUUAAUUGAAGUUCUUGAUCAACAUUAUAAAUUCGGUUUUCAACCACCUGAAAAUGGACAAUCUACUGAAGAAGUUAAUUGUGUUCCACAUUAUGAUCCAGGUUUAUUAUCAAUUAGUAUUUUAUCAACAUAUGAAGGACUUCAAUUGAAAAAUAUGAUAACUAAUGAAUGGAUAGAUGGACCAUUAGAAUCAAAUAUAGGAGUUAUUUGGUUAGGAGAAGCAGCGUCUCGAAUAACAGAGAAUCGACUUAAACCAGGUAUUCAUCGAGUUAUUUAUCCUAAAGAAUCAAAACGACGUCUUACAAUUUGGUAUGAAUUAUGUACUAUUGAACAAUUGAAAAGUAUAAGUGAUGAAAAAAAGGAUGAAUUAAUGCUGAAAGAAACAGUGAUUUUUCGAAGUCUCCAUGGACUAAAUGGAAUAACUGUUUUACCUGGCGAAAAACGGCUCGAAUUUUUAAAACGAAUUGAGAUGGGUUUUGGUUUAUCGAUGAGCAAAUUUGUUCCACGAUAUCAUCUAGAAAAACAUAAUAUUUUGUAUCUAACAGAAGAUUUAAAAACAUUAAAUCAUUUAUAA